AUGAUUCCUAUUGGGUUCUAAAUCACAGCCUGUGUAUACAUUGGGAAAUCGUUAGGUGAGGGAUUCUACAUAGUUGGGAAUCCUAUGUCGUUGGUCCUAUGCUUCUAUGCUAAGCUUGGUAUCAAAGGAUUAUUAUUAGGUUUUUGCUGUGGAAGCAUUUCUAUUGCAAUAAUGAUGAUUGUAUACUUGUAAUUUUUCACUGACUGGCAGUAAAUUUCAAAAGAUGUUAGGGAAUAAAUGCUAUCAAAGAGAUAAAAUAUCUAUCUUAAGGCAAUGAGUGACUCUGAGGAAUCACAAUCGCUGAUGGGUUGA